UGGGAUCAACGCGUAAUAACGCUCAUACAAACAGAGGUGCUACUGGCAUCGCAUUCUCGGGAUAUGUGUCCAGCUGCUUGGAACAUCCAAUAGAGCAAGAUGGAAAUGAAUUCCACCACCCUGAUGAUGGACGACUUUGAUGAUGACGUGAACUCUAUCUAUGCUAUUUUCAAACUAAUCGAAGAAUCAUCUGUAAUCACAUGGAUGAGACAGAAUUUUCCAUAUUUGCUGCCUCUCUUCUGCGUAGUCGGUAUUGUAGGAAAUUCCAUGGCAUUGCUGCUCAUAAGGACAAAUUUUUGGCUUCGACGGCUCACAUCAAAUGUUUACCUAAGCACUUUAUCCAUAUCUAGCUGUGUUUUUCUAUUUACGGUAAUAGUCUCAUGGGUAGACGCUGUGUAUCGACUACACAUUUACAGGGAAUCAGAAAUUGGAUGCAAGGUAUUCACGUUCCUUGCACAUCUCUCAGACUUCGUUUGCGUUUGGAUGAUAUCGUGGAUAUCAUGUGAUCGAAUGGUUGUGCUCUACAGACCAGCCUUUCGAAAAUGGGUUUGUACAAAGAAAUUUGCUCGAAAUUGGAUGAUAGCUACUUUGGUGACAUCGGUAGUAUUCUAUAGUUGGGUAUUUAUGUUUGCGGGAUUGGAGGAAUCCGGCAACAAGGAUGAGCAUUUUUGCGGUUUGAGCAGUAAAGCUCAGGUGUUUGGUUAUCCGAUUGCUGACCACUACUUCCUAUUCACCUUGCUUGAUACAGCCAUUUGCACACUCUUUCCUGCAAUUCUUAUCAUGUUCGUAAACUCCUUGUCCAUCUAUCGCUAUCGACAAUGUAUGAGAAUUUACUCUUCGGGUGUACUACGAGUACGAUUUGAUCGAGCAUCGAAUGGCAAUCCGAUUCCUCCAUAUGAGGAAACAACGGCAAAGAAAUUGUUGCUCAGUCAGACACAUACGAAUACGCAUAUGUCAACACAGUCGAAUCGCUCAGCAUGUGGAAAAUUGCGGUCAUCCGAUUUACAGUUGAGCAGGACAUUACUGAUUGUUACGAGUACAUUCGUCCUGCUCAAUGUUCCCAGCUAUAUGAUGCGUAUAAUACAGUACAUUUUCGAACCACGUACGCAAAUCUUCCAUUUCGUACAUUAUCUCUCCUAUCUUGUCUACUAUCUUCAUCAUGCUGUUCUCUUCUACAUGUAUAUAUUCUGGAGUCCACAAAUGAAGAAACAACUCAAACCUACUGCGAUGCGACUACUGGAAUGCUACUGCUUCAAGACAGUUCCAGAAUUUGGCCAUAGAUCCACAUCACUUCAAGCUUUCAAUUAGAAUUUCGUAGACGAUAGUUAUACACUUGCCACAGCCAUUACGCUUGAUCUCUAACUUUUUACAUGUAUAGCUCAACAUCGAUGUGUAAUAUAUUCAUUUGUGAUAUUUGCUCUUCUCCGCUUUCGGGUAUCUGAUUCUCGUCGCGAAAUAAUAAAGUUUACAAGAUUGA